UCCGCCCGCCCUCGGCUCCGCCGCCGCCGCGUUCGCGAUGCUGUCCCGGUCCCGCUGCGUGUCCCGGGCGUUCAGCCGUUCACUCUCCGCCUUCCAGAAGGUACGGCCCGGCCCGGCCGGAGCAGGGCCCCGUCGGGGGAAUUGCCUUCUAGGGAGACGUUCCCUACCUGGGGUCUCGUUAUGUCAGGGACCAGGUUACCCUGACAGCAGGAAGACUGUCAUUAACAGCAGCAGUGUCUUCAGUGUUCGUUUCUUCAGAACUACAGCCGUGUAUAAGAAUGAUGUGAUUACGGUCAAUACCCCAGCUUUUGCGGAAUCUGUCACGGAGGGGGAUGUCAGGUGGGAGAAAGCUGUUGGAGACUCAGUUGCAGAAGAUGAAGUGGUUUGUGAGAUUGAAACUGACAAGACAUCUGUGCAGGUUCCAUCACCAGCAAAUGGCGUGAUUGAAGCUCUUUUGGUACCUGAUGGGGGAAAAGUAGAAGGAGGCACUCCUCUUUUCACACUCAGGAAAACUGACGCUGCUCCUGCUAAGGCUAAGCCAGCUGAAGCUCCCGCUGCUGCAGCCCCCAAAGCAGAGCCAGUGGCAUCAGCAGUUCCUCCUCCACCUGCAGCACCCAUACCCACUCAGAUGCCACCGGUGCCCUCACCCACACAACCUCCUGCUAGCAAACCAGUAUCUGCAAUAAAACCCACUGCUGCUCCACCAGUAGCUGAGCUAGAAGCUGGCAAAGGUCUGCGUUCAGAACACCGGGAGAAAAUGAACAGAAUGCGGCAGCGCAUUGCUCAGCGUCUGAAGGAAGCCCAGAAUACAUGUGCAAUGCUGACUACUUUCAAUGAGGUUGACAUGAGUAACAUUCAGGAGAUGAGGGCUCGGCACAGAGACGCUUUUCUGAAGAAACAUAACCUCAAACUAGGCUUCAUGUCGGCAUUUGUGAAGGCCUCAGCCUUUGCCUUGCAGGAGCAGCCUGUCGUAAAUGCAGUGAUUGACGAUGCAACCAAAGAGGUGGUGUAUAGGGAUUAUAUUGACAUCAGUGUCGCAGUGGCUACUCCACGGGGUCUGGUGGUUCCCGUCAUCAGGAAUGUGGAAGCUAUGAAUUUUGCAGAUAUUGAGCGAACCAUCAGUGAGCUGGGAGAGAAGGCCCGAAAGAAUGAACUUGCCAUUGAAGAUAUGGACGGUGGCACUUUCACCAUUAGCAACGGCGGCGUUUUUGGCUCGCUCUUUGGAACACCCAUUAUCAACCCCCCUCAGUCUGCCAUCCUGGGCAUGCACGGCAUCUUUGAUAGGCCGGUGGCCGUGGGAGGCAAGGUGGAGGUGCGGCCCAUGAUGUACGUGGCACUGACCUACGACCACCGGCUGAUUGACGGCAGAGAGGCAGUGACUUUCCUCCGCAAAAUCAAGGCAGCAGUAGAGGAUCCCAGAGUCCUCCUACUGGACCUUUAGGACGAAGCCACAUGCCCUCCAAAUCGACCAUGCAGGAACUGAAAACCAGUCUUCUCCCUGUCCCCUCACAGGUCCUGGGUUAGCCUGGUGGCACUCAGGCACAUGUUGGUGGCCUCAGGCAAGGAAACUGGGGCACUAUGUAACCAGCAGUCGCAGGUCUUCUUUUCUUGGCGUUCCUGCCAGGCUCUCUCCCUCUCUGCAGUGUUCUCUUAUACUCGAAUACUUGAGAGAGAGAGAGAGUCUUAAAGGAUGCUCACUAAUAUUCCUGCCCUUCUUCCAUCAGCUCUCUGCAGAGAUGAUUUUGCUUCUCCCCAGUGCCAGUAUAUAAUAGGGAAAUCACCGGGACCAUGUGAUUCUUAAGUUUCUAUCUUGUGACAGUCCACUCUCCAGAGACAUGCCUAGGAGGCUCCCGGCCUCCCAAGCUCAGAGCAGCCUCUGUCCUGGCUGUGCCCAUCCUCACUAGAUUCCACCUGUGUGAGGCGUCGAACACAGGGGGAGGUGCUGCUUUGCUUCUUAAAUGGCACCUUCAUUCUCAGCUUUCAUUGACUUCAAGAUGCCUCUUCUACCUCUUCCAGGAAGCACAGGCCAGGGGAUCUAGGUUGGAGAGGGGGAGGAGAGGGCAGAUUCCUCCUGAGGUCAUGUGUUGUAAACAUAGAUGGUAGAGGAAUCCGGACCUGCCCUCACACUCACCGUCAUAGCCUCACACCAGGAAGACCCGUUUUGGCACAACUACACACAGAUGUGGUAGUGCCGGCCCUUUCCAGGCUGCUGGAAACCGUUCUUGCGCAUUGUUCUCACGUAGGGCAGAUUCUAGCACAUCAUGACAGUGGCUCAGAGCCCGGUCACGGCCGAGGGCAGGAGCCUGGUAGAGAUUGGGGUGGGGGUCAGGGGUUCUGCGGACUGGCUCAGAUUGAUUUGAGCUUUUACAUUCAAGCUGGUACAGGCUCGUGGGUUUCAGGCAGUUCUGUUCCUGCACUGGGGCCUUCAGGGAGCAGGGCCUUAGCAGCUCUUCCUCUGCAGGACACAGAUCUGGGGGAGGAUGGACUGUGGUAGAAACCAGCCCCAAGAUGUGGUGAAAUGGCUGGUGUUGUCUCUGAGGGCCCUGCCACUGGGUCUGGGCACAACCAUUGGAAUUCCUUGGAGCAUGGUUAAAUGCAAGUAUCUUGUGAAAGCUGCUGGGCUUCACUGCUAUCCAGCUGCAUCCAAGCCUGAGGCUGCUGACACUUGACACCAGGGGGCCGUUUAGUGCAGAGUGCCCACUUGUAUCUUGAGUGAAGAAGCAGGGCCUGGGAGUGGGGGGAGGGGGGAAGGGGCAGGAGCAAUACUGAGUGCCUGCAGUAUCUACUAUGUCGUCACUAUUCAGAACUUGUAAUUAAAAUAUUUAAACUGAUUUUAAAUGGAAAUUAAAGGGCAAAUGUUCUCAGACGGGC